GGCUCUCUUCACUCUGCCCCGGACCAAGUCUCAUCCUCCCCUAUAUACUUUCCGUCCCCCUCUCUUGUCUGGUGACCUGCCUCAAUCCCUGCCCUAGCAACCCACUUUAUUCCAAAGUUCAAUAAACAAGGUUGCUGUUGCUGAGCAGCAAAGCUCCUCCAGCCAUGUUUGUGCUCCGCAACGUGAGCAAGUACCUCUUUGGAGACUCUUCCAAGGAAUCUAUCAUCGAGAUCCCUCAGGGACAACUUUAUCUCGUCCGCCCUCUGUCGCCCAAGGGCUACUCGGAACUCAUCUUCAAGGACGCCGCCGCCUCCAUCAGGCGCACCGGCCAGGAAUUCCAGUAUCAGCUCGUCAUUCAGCGCGCCUACGAGGAAGGCGAAGAGGAGCUUGGAGAAGAGGACGACGAGCAAGGCGGCAGUGACAGCCUCGAUAAGGACGAAAAGGUCUUCCUGCUCGAUCAGGCUCUGCACUUUCGCUCCGAGGUGCGCGAAGGAGGACAAAAGAUCUUGGCCUGGAGAGACCUGAGUGGCGACAUUGGUGACCUUUUUGAAUUUGUUUGCGACCCCUCCGUACCUUCGGAUAAGGUUUCCACCUUCGAGCUAGCCGCUCUUCAGUGCCAGUACGAGCGCGCAUACCGCCGCAGCUCCCAGAACGUGAGCCGCGAAGAUCUGCAGGAGUUCUCAUUCCAGGAGGAGAAGCCUAUUCCGUCUGCAAGCCCUAUCUCUUCUUCAGCACGGUCUCCUGCUCGGUCGCCGACAUCUGGAGAGUCGACCGCCGCCAUGGUGAAGGACGUCGAAUACUCGCGGUCCAAGGGACAAAUUAAACCUGCAGCCUCAGAGGAAGCCACCGUUGCUCCCCCUUCUGCAGCGCAGCCUGAGGCUAGGGAGGUCCUUGCCAAGGAGAAGGCCGAGCUGCACCUGUUCGACUUCGUGAGCGGAACGUUCGUUCUGCAGGCGGCCAACGUAACUGCGACUGUUUCUGAGAUUGGUGACUGGAAGUAUUGGCUUCAGAUUAGCGGAGAAGACAAGGAGUGGCUGGGACAGGCUGUCGUUGCUGACAUCAACCCCGUUUUCAACUUCGAGUAUCUGUCGUUCAUCUUUAAUGCCUACAGUGAAGAUGGCUCGGCGUUCUCUUGGCUCUUGCGCUUCAAGGACCAGGAGACUGAGGAGAGGUUCCAGGAGGGUCUCAUGCAGGCUCUGUGGGAACAGCUGAACGAGAUGAAGUGGACAAAGGUCAAGGAGCAAGAACGGGAGUAUGUGCUGGACGCCUUCCAGGAUCUCACCAUGGAAGAUGCAGAGGAACGCGAAGCCGAGGCCGAAGAGGAAGAAGAAGAAGAGGACGAGGAGGAAGACCACUACGACGGUCAACGCAGCGAACACUACGACUCUGACGAGGAGCAAGAUGAUGUUGUUACGCGGGAUGAUGAUGGAAACGUCAACUCCCAGCUUGCCGUCGGUUACAAGCAUGACCGCUCCUUCGUUGUCCGUGGCUCCAAGAUUGGCGUCUUCAAGCACACUCCCGACAACAACUUGGAGUUCUCUACCAACAUCUCCAAGGUUGAGACCCCCAGGGGCAAGCUCUUCAGCCCCAAGAAGGUCAUGUUGCACGCCGAGGACACCAACAUGAUCCUUCAGAACGGUGACGACCCGAACUCGCUUUACCGGAUGGACUUGGAGUAUGGUAAGAUUGUGGAUGAGUGGAAGGUCCACGAUGACAUUCCAGUUACUACAUUUGCUCCUGAGAGUAAAUUCUCCCAAAUGACCUCUGCACAGCCCUUCAUUGGUGCUUCUAAGAACGCCCUCUACCGCAUCGACCCCCGUGUCGACGGAAACAAGUUGGUGGACACAGACCUGAAGCAGUAUGCCAGCAAGAACGAGUUUUCUUCGGUGGCUACCACUGAGAAGGGUUACAUCGCCGUCGCCUCCAACAAGGGUGAUAUCCGGAUGUUUGACCGUCUUGGAAUCAACGCUAAGACACAUAUUCCUGCUCUGGGAGAACCGAUCAUCGGACUGGAUGUGUCUGCGGACGGCCGCUGGGUUCUUGCAACCUGCCGGACAUACCUCCUCCUUAUCGACUCGCUACAGAAGGAGGGCAAGAACGAAGGCAAGCUAGGCUUUGAGCGCUCAUUCGCCAAGGACUCCAAGCCUCAGCCUCGCCGUCUGGGUCUGCAGCCUGCCCAUGUGGCCCAGUUCCAGCACGAGACGAAGAAGCCUAUCAGCUUCACCCAGGCACGAUUCAACACGGGUGUCGACAGUCAAGAGACUUCGAUUGUUACGGCCACUGGUCCCUUCAUCAUCACCUGGAGCUUGAAGAAGGUCGUUGCCGGACGCAAGGACCCCUACACCAUCAAGCGGUACGGCGAGGACGUGAUGGCAGACAACUUCCGCUUUGGUUCGGACAAGAACGUCAUUGUGGCCUUGCCUAACGAAGUCAACAUGGUUGCCAAGAGGAGUUUGAUGAAGCCCACUCGCGAGAGUAUCGCCGGACCUCCCGUCACACCCCGUCGCAGGACCCAAUGGGGCAGCCGGUUAGGAAGGGACGAGAUUGUCAACUCGCCUUACUGAUAGGUUGGCCUUUUUUGUGUUGAGUUUCUGCGCCGCUGCAUACCCAUCUUAUGUUUUCGGUUCGUCAUAUUUUUUUAUUUUCUUCUUGCACUCUGGUAUUCUCCGAAACGCUUUAAUGUCCUUACACGGUGAUAUGAACGGCUGGCGAACGGUUGCACUGCGGAAUUAAGCAUUGAUGUUUGUACUCUUACUAGUAGCUGAUAAUACAUCUACGAAUCACGACUGACGUUGCACGAUGG